AUGAUGCCUCCAUGGAGUAGAGCGCAUUUUGGCAUGCCAGGAGCGCCUUUGGAAAAAGCCAUAACUAUUUUGGCCAAAUGCUCCACCAUGAUUCGGAAUUGCUCCAUCUGGAUCCCAAAUGGCCAAGUCGCAUUUAACAAAAACUCAUCACAUGUGAGUUUCUGUUGGCCACUUGUAAAUGACGAAGCCCCACGUGCCCCUGUUGCCGCCAUUGCCCAAUCGCCUAAAACCUCUGCUACCGAGGCCUGUGCCUCAUCGCAACCAAUUAUGGAUGCAAUUAGGGCAUCGCCGGCGGAUUUUGACUCCAUGGUGAAGAUUGAAUUGGAGGCGGCGGAAGCUUUGGCUGGAUUAGCUCAUCUUCCUGCUACAAUUUCCGAUUCUCGCGGUAGUGAAUCAAUUGCUGAACGAGUCAAGGACGAGUCUAACUCCUCGUUUGACACGUUUCCUAGUCAUUCAUAUGAGAAAAAGUCGGGGAAUUCAGGGAUCUUGAGUCAGAAGUUGGUGAAGGAUGAACAGAGUAUUGAACUUAGACUUAAUCCUGGGUGUCCCACGAAUUGUUCAUCGAGUGGGAGGAAAUCUAGACAAAAUCUAACUGAGACUGAAAUGGAAGCACGUAAAAUACGAAGGGUGUUAGCAAAUAGAGAGUCAGCUAGACAAACAAUCCGUAGAAGACAGGCUAUCUUUGAGGAGCUAACACGAAAGGCUGUUGAUUUAGCAUGGGAGAAUGAGAAUUUGAAAAAGAAGAAGGACUCUGCUUCGAAACAGUAUGAUUCUUUGAAGACCAAGAACGAACGUUUAAAAGCCCAGAUGAUCAAAGUUACAAAUCUUGAAACCGAUGAAACCCAUGAAAAAUCCACCACUUUAAACGAACAAGCCAUUUCCUCAUCCUCCACAAAUUCGCCAUUUAUAAUCUACAACCAACCACCUUUCUUACCCGUCAUAUGGCCAUCCAUGAUCCACCCUACAAAUUCCGGCCAACUACCCGCCGGAAUAAAUUCCGGCCAACUACCCACCGGAAUAGUUUUUCCGGUCAAUAAACCCGAUUCAAGUGAAGAAGGAAGUUCAACAACCGGAAGUCCGCUAUAUUUACUACCAUACCCCUGGUUGGUUACCCUACCCCAAAACACCACCACCCAACCCCAACCCCGCCACCAUUCUUUCAAUCUAAACGACAAACCGAAUGAGUGUUCCGAGUUCCGGGAAUUCUUCCCGGAAAAAGCAUCGGAAACACCUAACCACCACGGUUUCCCGCCUGAUGGUGGCGGCCGACAGACACCGGAGCCACCCCGUGUGAGUUGUGAAGCACUUAUUGAACAUGAUAGUGAGGAAAUUGAUGGUGAAAUUCACAAAGUUCCUCUGUGCUCAGGUAAAAGAUUAGGUGGUGACGUGGCGGCUGCCGCCGAAGCCAGGAAAAGGCGUAAACAACUCACGAGAUUAAAGGGCCACUUUCAUUGCCGUCAACUUAGGAUGCAUUAGUGCUCCUGGUAUCAGUAUCGGUAUCAAUACCAGUGUGGGUAUACCAGUGUCGGUAUCGGUAUCAGGUAUCAGUGAGGGAGUGUGAAAGUACGUUGUUAUUUUUUGUGGUGUUUGGGUUGAGGGUAAUAUGAGAAUGAAGAUGUAUAUAAGGUGUUGAGGGAGGACUUAUGAUAUAGUGUUUUGAAGUGGCUGAUAAUGGUCACUCUCAAUUUAAUAAGCGGAUGCUUCCAUAUGUUGUAGUUCAUUAAUGCAAAAUGAACGUCAGUAGUGUCUGUGGUCAUAUUUUCCUUGAGGAAGACGAAUACGAUAGAAUUGGAUUUGUGUUUUUAUCUAUGGUCGAG